AUGACAAGUUUCAUCAAUCGCAUAACCAACGCAACAAAUGGCUGGAGAACUGAAGACUCAUCUUCCACCAACGAAUUCAACUUACCAGCUGCUCGUUUGGCGAAUGGGGCCAGAAGCCCUCCAACGCUUCAUGUCAAUGGCAUCCAUCGUCAGACUCCUGAUACUCAGGAUAAGGACGAACUAGAUUCACCAGUUCAGAUUACAUCUGGCAAAUUUAGCCCUCCUCCGUACCUGUUCGACGGACUCAAGAACCCAUUUACGGAUCCCUGGCACAGCGAUACCUCCAAAGAAGAUGCGACUUCUAUGAACUCACUUGGAUUAAAAGAGUUGAGCAAAGCCUCUACUCUUGAACGUCACACUGACUUGAAGAACGAUAUUAGUCUUGCUGAAGAUGAUCUGGAGGAUGAAGAAAUGUGGCCACUCCCUCCUCCUCCUCCAGUCCCAAGCACGGACCACCUGAAACACAAAAUAAACUCAUGUGUUAAGCCCCCUGUGCCUCCAAAACCCCCAGCCACGUCCCCAUACGCUAUUCCCAACGCGAUCCCCAGUACUUCGACGCUUAAUAGGAAGACUCACCGUUCACAGUAUGCUCAGCCAGCGGUGCAGUCGUCGGCAAGUCAGGACUGUGGGUCUAGUUUCAGCUCAGUCACGUCUCCCCUGUACCCUUUUUCGCCUACGUCGACGCUUGCCAAGAAUCAAAAAUCUCUUCUUCCGAAAGGAUCGAUGUUAUCAGAGAUCGAAAAAUCAUUCAAGGAACUUAAUGAUAAAAUAUCACCCGAGCCUACUUUAAUUCCUCCAGCACACACGGCCCCGCCUCCACCAACAGCUGCUCCUCCAUUUCCUCUUAGCAACGGAAGCGCCAAAUCCACCGCACCAGAAAACAAGUCAUCCCCACCUGACCCACCUUCUCCACCCCUUCCACCGCCACUACCCCCCGCCAGUUUACCCAUUUCACCGCUGUCAUCUUCACCUACAACCCCUCCAGAUUCCCCUCCUAGUUCACCAGCUCUUUCUCCUCCCACUUCUUCCACUUCUUCGGAUUCCCAGCCAAGCUCUUCCCCCAACUCCCCUCCCCACUUCCUCAUGAGUUGGCGAUAG